CUAAAAUUCAAGUCACUGCCUUCAGAGAGUCUGUGGUCCUCUGAUCUAGAUAGUGUGUAAGUACCCAGACUCAGAGUUCCUGUGCUGCAGCCUCUGUCAUGGCCCCAGGUGAACAGAGUAUCUGCCAAGCCCGGGCUUCCGUGAUGGUCUAUGAUGACACCAGUAAGAAAUGGGUACCAAUAAAGCCUGGCCAACAGGGAUUCAGCCGGAUCAACAUCUACCACAACACUGCCAGCAACACCUUCAGAGUCGUCGGAGUCAAGCUACAAGAUCAGCAGGUUGUGAUCAAUUAUUCGAUCGUGAAAGGGCUGAAGUACAAUCAGGCAACACCAACCUUCCACCAGUGGCGAGAUGCCCGCCAGGUAUAUGGCUUAAACUUUGCAAGUAAGGAAGAGGCGACCACUUUCUCCAAUGCAAUGCUGUUUGCCCUGAACAUCAUGAAUUCCCAAGAAGGAGGCCCCUCCACUCAGCGUCAGGUGCAGAAUGGCCCCUCUCCUGAGGAGAUGGACAUGCAGAGAAGACAAGUGAUGGAGCAGCAGCAGCACCGCCAAGAGUCUCUGGAGAGAAGAACCUCAGCCACAGGGCCCAUUCUCCCACCGGGACAUCCCUCAUCUGCGGCCGGCGCCCCACUCUCCUGUAGUGGGCCUCCACCCCCACCCCCACCCCCAGUCCCACCUCCACCCACAGGGGCCACUCCCCCCCCACCGCCGCCCCUGCCAGCUGGAGGAGCCCAGGGGGCCAGCCACGACGAGGGUUCUGCAUCAGGACUGGCUGCCGCCCUGGCCGGGGCCAAGCUGAGGAGGGUACAGCGGCCAGAAGAUGCAUCUGGAGGCUCCAGUCCUAGCGGGACCUCAAAGUCUGAUGCCAACAGGGCAAGCAGCGGGGGCGGCGGCGGAGGCCUCAUGGAGGAGAUGAACAAACUGCUGGCCAAGAGGAGAAAAGCAGCCUCCCAGACAGAUAAGCCUGCUGACAGAAAGGAAGAUGAGAGCCAAACGGAAGAGCCUAACACCUCCCCAUCCCCGGGGACCCGAGCCUCUAGCCAGCCACCCAACUCCUCAGAGGCUGGCCGGAAACCCUGGGAGCGGAGCAGCUCGGUGGAGAAGCCUGUGUCCUCAUUGCUGUCCAGAACCCCGUCAGUGGCAAAGAGCCCCGAAGCUAAGAGUCCCCUUCAGUCGCAGCCCUACUCUAGGGUGAAGCCUGCUGGGAGUGUGAAUGACGUGGCCCUGGAUGCCUUCGACCUGGACCGGAUGAAACAGGAGAUCCUGGAGGAGGUAGUUCGUGAGCUGCACAAGGUGAAGGAGGAGAUCAUUGAUGCCAUCAGGCAGGAGCUGAGUGGGAUCAGCACCACCUAAGGCGGCCACCAGCCAUGGAGGACAGCGAGGCUCCCUGUGGCCACAGGCCUCCGCACACACCGGAAGCUGGCACUCAAGCUGGGAUGUGCUUCGUUUAAGAAUCUCAGCCUGGGAUACAAUAGCAAAAUGAGGAACAGAGUUCAACUCCUGGAUUUUUUUAGCUUCUACCUGACACAGAACACCAGGUCUAUUCUUUUUUGUAUUUUAUAUUUGCUUAUUUAAGUGUACAUUUUUUUCGGUUUAUAGAGAGGACACCCCGUCACCUGCUUCAUUAGAUGGUUUCCAAGUUUUUUCCUAGGUGACACUGUUGGCCCCUUAGCUGGCAGUGAGCCGCCGGCACGGCGUGGCCUUCCCACGCAGCUCUGCCCCCGGCAGUCGUGUUAACAGUCUGUCCACACAGUGCGUGUUCUGUCCACUCAGUAAUAAACUGUUUACUGUCCACACGUGA